AUGGGAGUUGCAAAACGUGGAAUUAGUCAAUGUCCUAAUAUAACAAAUGAGGAUAGAAUGCAAAUGAGAAACUUAGAAAGACAAGUUGAGCAAUAUAAAGAAUGUAGACAACCAAACAGACCACCACUUCCUAGUCAUUCUUUGUCUUCCGAAGCUUCUCUUUCACCAACUUCAUAUGCCAAGAAAAGAAAAUCUGACAACCCAAUCACCAAAGCUUUUGAUAUACAAGCUCGAAACAACUUAGAUGCUGAGAUAGCAAGGAUGUUUUUUACUGGAGGAUUGCCUUUUAACCUUUGUCGAAACCCUUACUAUAUAAGUUCAUACAACUAUGCUGCCACAAAUAAUAUUCCUGGUUACAAGCCUCCUGGUUACAAUAAAAUGAGAACCACUUUGUUAGAGAGAGAGAAAGAAAAUGUUGAAUGGCUUUUAGAACCAACAAAGGCUACUUGGAGGGAAAAAGGAGUAACUAUAUUGAGUGAUGGGUGGAGUGAUCCACAAAGGAGACCUUUAAUUAAUCUCAUGGUAGCUUGUGAAGUUGGUCCUCUGUUCUUAAAGGCCGUUGAUUGCUCAGGAGAGGUAAAGGAUAAAGACUUUAUUGCUAGUUUGUUAAAUGAUGCCAUUGAAGAAGUUGGAGAUGACAAAUUUGUUGUACAAAUUCUCACUGAUAAUGCAAGCAAUUGCAAGGCCGCUGGAGAACUUAUAGAGGGUAGAUAUCCACACAUAUUUUGGACACCAUGCAUUGUUCACACUCUUAACCUUGCUCUUAAAAACAUUUGUAAUGCUAAAAAUGUUUCAAACAAUAAGGAGGUUUAUGAUGAGUGUCAUUGGAUAACUGAAGUUCAUGGAGAUGCUUUAUUUGUCAAAAACUACAUAAUGAACCAUUCAAUGAGGUUAGCUAUAUUUAAUAAGUUCUCUCCAUUAAAGCUUCUUUCUGUCGGUGAUACUCGCUUCGCUUCGGUAGUUGUCAUGCUAAAGAGGAUGAAACUUCUUAAACCAACUCUUCAAUCCAUGGUUGUUAGUGAGGCUUGGUCCACAUAUCGUGAUGAUCAUCGUGGACAAGCUACACUUUGUGAGGGAAAAGAUUCUAAAUGA